GUUCAUUUCAAUUUGUGAUUACGAUGAGCAGUCCAGAUGUUGAUCUUCAGCCACUACUCUACGCCAAAACGGAUAAUAUAAGAUCCUGUGUAAACCUGCUUAAAGCCAUACACUUUCGUGAUCUUGCAACGAUAUUCGUAUCGAAGAAUGGACUCAAAGUAACUGUAGAAGAUUCAAAGUGCGUUCAGGGCAGCGCGUUCCUACAGUCAGAGAUGUUUGAGGAAUUUACAAUUGCGGUGCCAGUAUUCGCUUUCAAGAUCAAUCUAAAUGUUUUACUUGAUUGUCUUUCUGUAUUUGGCAUCGGUAAUAGUAACUCACUUACAUCGGUAAUCAUAUCCUACAAAGGCCACGGGAGCUCCCUAGACUUACUACUAGAAGACAGUGGUGUUGUAGCCGAGUGCAACAUAAAAACCAUGGAUGCGCUUGAGGUACUUGACUUCGAUUUUCCUGGCAGUCAGCUUAUCAGCAAAGUUAUCAUUAAGUCUGACUGUAUGCAGGAAGCAUUUUCUGAAUUGGAUGUCACAAGUGAUGUACUUGAGGUUGCAACAGUUCCUCCUCCUUUGCCACAACCAAGACUUCGCCUAACCACUUACGGUUUCACUGGCACAACCCAUUAUGACUUUCCCCGCGAUUCAGACCCCGUGGAAGUGUUUGAAUGUACCACAACAGAGCCCUACAUCGCUCGGUACCGUCUGGCGCUCUUGCGUCCAGCAACCACCCGCGCUCUCUCGCUAUCUUCUCGUGUUUCCCUCCGAAUGAACGAAAAGGGCUUUCUGUCACUGCAAUACAUGAUACAUACUGGCACUAACGAUCCAGUGGCAUCAUUUGUAGAAUUCUUCUGCGUUCCAGAUGUCGACGAGCCGAAUGAACAUGGAUAUGCAAAUGCAGAUACGUUAACGCAACUGAGAGCUGGCAUUCCAUGA